GGGGAGCAGAGCGCGCACAGCCGGGACCAGGGAGCCGCGCCGGGCAGCCGUGCGGUCCGAGCAGCCGUGCGGUCCGAGCAGCGCGGCCGGAGCCGGGAGCCAGGCCCGGGGAGCAGCGCGGGGCCGGAGCGAGCACGCGAGCUAUGAUGUCGACCUACAAGCGGGCCACGCUGGACGAGGAGGACCUGGUGGACUCGCUCUCCGAGGGCGACAGCUGCGCCCACGGCCUGCAGGUGAAUUUUCGCAGCCCCCGGAGCAGCCAGAGAUGCUGGGCUGCGCGGACACAGGUGGAGAAGCGGCUGGUGGUGCUGGUGGCAGUCCUAGUGGCGGGACUGGUGGCCUGCUUGGCAGCGCUGGGCAUCCAGUACCAGACAAGAACGCCCUCAGUGUGCCUGACUGAGGCCUGCGUCUCAGUGACCAGUUCCAUCUUGAGCUCCAUGGACCCCUCGGUGGACCCCUGCCAGGACUUCUUUAGCUACGCCUGUGGUGGCUGGAUUAAAGCCAACCCUGUGCCUGAUGGCCACUCACGCUGGGGGACCUUCAGCAAUCUCUGGGAACACAACCAAGCCAUCAUCAAGCACCUCCUCGAAAACUCCACGGCCAGCGUGAGUGAGGCAGAGAGGAAGGCCCAAGUAUACUACCAUGCGUGUAUGAACGAAACCAGGAUCGAGGCACUCAGGGCCAAGCCCCUGAUGGAGGUGAUUGAGAAGCUCGGGGGCUGGAACAUCACAGGUCCCUGGGCCAAGGACAACUUCCAGGACACCCUGCAGGUGGUCACCGCCCACUACCGCAUCUCGCCCUUCUUCUCUGUCUAUGUCAGUGCCGACUCCAAGAACUCCAAUAGCAACGUGAUCCAGGUGGACCAGUCUGGCCUGGGCUUACCUUCAAGAGACUAUUACCUGAACAAAACUGAAAAUGAGAAGGUGCUGACUGGAUACCUGAACUACAUGGUGCAGCUGGGGAAGCUGCUGGGCGGCGGGGACGAGGACUCCAUCCGGCCCCAGAUGCAGCAGAUCCUGGACUUUGAGACGGCGCUGGCCAACAUCACCAUCCCCCAGGAGAAGCGCCGGGAUGAGGAGCUCAUCUACCACAAAGUGUCAGCGGCCGAGCUGCAGACCUUGGCACCCGCCAUCAACUGGUUGCCCUUUCUCAACACCAUCUUCUACCCCGUGGAGAUCAAUGAAUCCGAGCCUAUUGUCGUCUAUGACAAAGAGUACCUGGAGCAGGUCUCCACUCUCAUCAACAAAACUGACAAAUGCCUGCUCAACAACUACAUGAUCUGGAACCUAGUGCGGAAGACAAGUUCCUUCCUCGACCAGCGCUUUCAGGACGCAGACGAGAAGUUCAUGGAAGUCAUGUAUGGGACCAAGAAGACCUGUCUUCCUCGCUGGAAGUUUUGCGUGAGUGACACAGAAAACAACCUGGGCUUUGCCCUGGGCCCCAUGUUCGUCAAAGCAACCUUCGCCGAGGACAGCAAGAACAUAGCCAGCGAAAUAAUCCUGGAGAUCAAGAAGGCAUUUGAGGAAAGCCUGAGCACCCUGCAGUGGAUGGAUGAGGACACCCGGAAGUCAGCCAAGGAAAAGGCGGAUGCCAUCUACAACAUGAUAGGCUACCCCAAUUUUAUCAUGGAUCCCAAGGAGCUGGACAAAGUGUUCAAUGACUACACCGCCGUUCCAGACCUCUACUUUGAGAACGCCAUGCGGUUUUUCAACUUCUCGUGGAGGGUCACUGCUGACCAGCUCAGGAAAGCCCCCAACAGAGACCAGUGGAGCAUGACCCCGCCCAUGGUGAACGCUUACUACUCGCCCACCAAGAAUGAGAUUGUGUUUCCGGCUGGGAUCCUGCAGGCACCAUUCUACACCCGCUCCUCACCCAAGGCCUUGAACUUUGGUGGCAUUGGUGUCGUCGUGGGCCAUGAGCUGACUCAUGCUUUUGACGAUCAAGGGCGGGAAUAUGACAAGGACGGGAACCUCCGGCCCUGGUGGAAGAACUCGUCCGUGGAGGCCUUCAAGCAGCAGACCGAGUGCAUGGUGGAGCAGUACAGCAACUACAGCGUCAACGGGGAGCCCGUGAACGGCCGGCACACCCUCGGGGAGAACAUCGCCGACAACGGGGGCCUCAAGGCGGCCUAUCGGGCUUACCAGAACUGGGUGAGGAAGAACGGACCUGAGCAAACCUUACCCUCCCUGGGUCUCACCAAUAACCAGCUGUUCUUCCUGGGCUUUGCACAGGUCUGGUGCUCUGUCCGCACGCCCGAGAGCUCCCACGAAGGCCUCAUCACCGACCCCCACAGCCCCUCCCGCUUCCGGGUCAUUGGCUCCCUGUCCAAUUCCAAGGCGUUCUCAGAACACUUCCACUGCCCGCCUGGCUCACCCAUGAACCCUCCUCACAAAUGUGAAGUCUGGUAAGGGGCAAAGCACAGAGAGCCAAGACGGAGGAGGGGAAGGGCCUGAGGACGAGCCCGACAAGCCUGCCCGCUCCCUCCAGCCCUGGGGCAGGACCCAGCCCCCUGGUCCCCCAAGGCCCCCUUCCCCGCACUGGAGGGUUUUCCGUCGGAACCAAGCCUGUGAUGUAGGUUCUCAACAUAACCCAAGAUUCAAUCCCCUGUGGAGACCCCGACAUCCCAGGCACAACUGUAGCGUCAACUGUAGCUGGCGUUUGGGCGUCAGGCUGGUGGAUCACUGGACCUGGGCCCCACACCAACAAGGGCGGAGGGACACAGCCCCCCACCCACAUCCAGCACCAGAUAUACCACAAAUACCACUGUGUCAAAUGCUUUAAAGAUAUAUUUUUGGGGAAACUAUUUUUUAAAACAUUGUGGAAUACACUGGAAAUCUUCAGGGAAAAAAUGCAUUUAAAACACCUUUUUUUUUUUAAGGAGAGGAUUGGUAUAUUUAUUAUGUUCUGUUUUUCUAAAUAUCCUGUGGUUGAGGGAAGCCCCACUGAUUCACCACACCCCUCCUUCCCCACUCACCGUGAGGCUGGGCUGAGGCAGGGAUCCCCAGGCCACUGAGCAUGUCCCCAAAUCAGAGGGCUGCCCCAGCCCUUGGGAUAUGCGAUUUCAGCCCUGGCCACCUGGUGCCACACUCACCUGGUGCAACAGGAGAGGUGUGGAGGCCUGGCAGAAGGAGGAGCCAGCUCACGGGUCCCAGCUUAUACGUACUGUCCCUCUCAGCUUGCCUGACCCUGUCCCCAGAAUCUGACAGUGGGAGCCCCAGCAAGGAAGAGCUGAUCCCUAAAAUCACAGUAGGGAACUGAUGGCUGUGGCAGAAUGAGGCCAGGUAAGGGUCCUCAAACACAAUCUGGGGGUGGCUGAACACCCUGUAUCUGGACUCCAGGAGCCCUGCAGGGCUGAGACUUCCCAUCUAUGCCAUAGGUGUCCUCUUUUGGUCCCUCCUAUUUUGGCUACCCCAUGUCUGUCCCCAGGGCCGGUUGCCUCUCUGCAGUAGACCCCCAUCCCAGCCACUCCAGGGGUCUGCGUUGCUGACCCUCUUACCAGGGGGAAAGAGAAGAGGGAAAACAGCUCUCAUCUCCCACAGGACCUGAGUCUUGCCUCUGAGCUCCAUCCUCCCCUACCCGUCCCGGGCCUGGCUCCCAGGACCAGUUCUCUAGUGCCUUAUCUGAGGCUGCGGCCCCUGGGCUCCACCCCAAGGAGACAGCCCCUGCCCUCAGAGGCCCCUUGGCCUCCUCUCCUCCUCAGUGGAGCCCCCAAGUGUCCUGACUGGAACACAGGCCAUACCCGACUCCCGGUGCCCGCAGGACCUCCCCUGACAGCAGCCUGCAGGUCAGUGGCACCAGGUGUCAGGAGUCAGAAGAACCACUGUACCUGCCCAGGCUCCAGCACCCCCAGGCCUCUUGGGUUGAGUCAAGGCAGUACUUGUAGCUAGAUGGAGUCCUCUCCUUUGGGGGAUGCUUUUAGCCAGGGAAGGCUGUGGGGGAACAGUUCCCCCAACAUGCUCUGGCCUGCGGUGUCAGGGGACCAGGAAUGUUGUCCCCUCCAUGAGGCCACAGCUUCUCCUGACAGCAAAUUCAUGGGCUCCACCAGGUGGAGCUAACCGUAGCCCCCACUGCCAUCCUAUAGGCCCCUGUGACUGAGGCAGGAGCAGCUAGCAGCUCUCCCAUCUCACUAACCCAGGCCCUGCCCCGGUGGUGCACCCCCCUCACCCAGGAAGCCAGAAUCUUCCUUGCCAAGAGGAGCAGACAGCUCAGUGACUGCCCUGACACCUGAUCAGCCUCUGAGCUGGAGCAGGGGUUUGAGAGUGGGCUGCACAUGAGGCCCCUUGUCCCCCAGGCAGCAGGCCUGGUAGCUUUUCAGAGGAAAGAUGGGACAGGAGCCAGAAGAGGAGCUACAGCCAGGAGCCGGCCAUGUGCACCUUGCCUCGGAGAGGUGGGCCUGGCGUCCUCUCUGCCCUCCUCUCCCCACAUCCUCCUGCCUUCUUGCCUUCCCACCUUCCCAGUGGGUAGGGGGCAGUCCUGGAGAGUGUCAGCAUUAUGGGCUGGGACCUCCCAGCCAGAAGCAAGUGUCUCAGGGCUGAUGGUGCAUCCAGAGGGAAUGUAGACUGCACAUGGUUGCUCAGGUGUGCUGGGCUCGGCAGGGGCCAGGGGGAGAAGAGGGCUCAGGCCAGCAGGGAUGGAAGCAAAGGCAGCACCCUCCCCCCCACUCCCCGUCACCACUGCCCCCGCAGAGCUUCGAUAAGGCUGAGGUGAGAUGGGCAACUGCACCCAGAGACCCUCCCCUGAGGCAGGGGAGCCGUUGGGCUGGCUUCUCUGCGGGUACGUGGAUGUGGGGUUUGGAGCUGGGAAUCUAUUUUUUGUAUUACUGUGUUUCAUGCUACUGUAGUUUUGUUGUGGCACUAUUGUAAUGGAAAUAAAGUACUUGUACCAAG